GUCCAGACUGGGGGAGCGAAGGGCUUGGAAACUAGAAAAUGCUAGGUCUGAGCGAAGCAAGAGCUGAGAACAAGGCCAGCAACACACAGAGCUCUGUGUAUUCAGAGGGAAGUUGGCAGGGUUGUGCCCGGGCAGAGAAACUCCGAGUGGUACAAAGGGACGUGCCCGGAGUGGAGAAAUCAUGCUAAUUGUCUGCACCAGAGCUGGAGAACGCCACCCAAAAUGAAGAGAGAAAGGGGAGCCCUGUCAAGAGUCUCCAGGGCCCUGCGCCUAGCUCCUUUUGUCUACCUGUUUCUCAUCCAGCCAGUCCCCCUGGAGGGGGUGAACAUCACCAGCCCCAUACGUCUGAUCCAUGGCACGGUGGGGAAGUCGGCUCUGCUUUCCGUGCAGUACAGUAGCACCAGCAGCGACAAGCCGGUGGUGAAGUGGCAGCUGAAGCGUGACAAGCCAGUGACUGUCGUGCAGUCCAUAGGCACAGAGGUCAUUGGCACUCUGCGGCCUGACUAUCGAGACCGUAUCCGGCUCUUUGAAAAUGGCUCCUUGCUUCUCAGCGACCUGCAGCUGGCAGAUGAGGGAACCUAUGAAGUGGAGAUCUCCAUCACUGAUGACACCUUUACUGGGGAGAAGACCAUCAACCUCACCGUGGAUGUGCCCAUUUCAAGGCCACAGGUGUUAGUGGCUUCAACCACUGUUCUGGAGCUCAGUGAGGCCUUCACCCUCAACUGCUCCCAUGAGAAUGGCACCAAGCCUAGCUACACCUGGCUGAAGGAUGGCAAGCCCCUCCUCAACGACUCCCGAAUGCUCCUGUCCCCUGACCAAAAGGUGCUCACCAUCACUCGCGUACUCAUGGAGGAUGAUGACCUGUACAGCUGCGUGGUGGAGAACCCCAUCAGCCAGGUUCGAAGCUUGCCCGUCAAGAUCACCGUAUAUAGAAGAAGCUCCCUCUAUAUCAUCUUGUCUACAGGAGGCAUCUUCCUCCUUGUGACCCUGGUGACAGUCUGUGCCUGCUGGAAACCUUCCAAAAAGUCCAGGAAGAAGAGGAAGUUGGAGAAGCAAAACUCCUUGGAAUACAUGGAUCAGAAUGAUGACCGCCUAAAAUCAGAAGCGGACACCCUACCCCGAAGUGGCGAACAGGAGCGGAAGAACCCGAUGGCACUAUAUAUUCUGAAGGACAAGGACUCCCAGGAGCCCGAUGAGAACCCCGCUGCAGAGCCUCGGAGCACCACAGAGCCCGGCCCUCCUGGCUACUCCGUGUCCCCGCCUGUGCCCGGCCGCUCUCCGGGGCUGCCCAUCCGCUCAGCCCGCCGCUACCCGCGCUCCCCAGUGCGCUCGCCCGCCACUGGCCGGACACACACGUCGCCACCCCGGGCCCCGAGCUCGCCCGGCCGCUCGCGCAGCUCCUCGCGCACACUGCGGACUGCUGGCGUGCACAGGAUCCGCGAGCAGGACGAGGCUGGGCAGGUGGAGAUCAGUGCCUGAGCCGCCCCAGGAGCCCGCACCGGUUGCCCCACGGUGUGCUGACCGCGGCCGGGGGAGGCUGAGAAGUCCGGGUGCCUCUGGCCAGAGCUGAGGGUAGAUUGUGGCCUGAUCCCCGUUUAGGGUGUGAGCUUGCGCAAACGCGUGGAGCGCCGAUCUCGGUGUUAAGCCCGGUAGCAUGUGCGCUGGGUUUACUGGCUGUGUUCUUUGGCUGUGUUCUCAGUGGGUAUGAGCUGUGCCCUCUUAGGACUACAUAGAUUAUUAAAUUUCCGGCCCAAUCCCUAAAGAAUUUUAUGGAAACUAACAAUAAUUUUACCCAAUGAGACGAUCCUAUGCACCCCCCUGGGAGCGUUUAUCCACCUCCCAACCCCACACGCCUCCUACGAUCCCUAAAAUUUGUGGUACCCCUGGUCUGAGCCCCAAAUCGAGGCCGCUUAUCCCCAAAUGCCCACUGACAUGAACUAAAGACAAGUCAGAUGCUGGUUCCUGGAUGUACAGGGCCUGUUCUGAUCACAAAGGAGUCAUUUUCUUAAGACCUUUUCUGGACACCUGCUUCCCUGUCUCCUCCUCUUGGUAAGGGUGAAUCCCGGGUGCAGUCCUAGGACCCUGGGAACCUGGGACUAGUCAAAGACAAAAUAUCAGGGCCCCAGUGGUUGGCGGCAUCCAAUGGCUUCUUCAAAAGCGUGCCAUACUGGUCUUUCUUCCUCUCUGUGUUCAUGAGAAAGUGGGUGGGUUUGUUCCUGGCGUUCUUACAAACCAAGCUUUUCAAUCAUCAUCAGGAAGGUUGAGGAGUUUCUUCGAGCUGUAAAAAUAAUAAGAUUCUACUCUCCAGAUAAACAUGGAAAGAGGAAGAAGCUUACCGUUCCCCAGCACGUCAAAACAACAUUGGCCCACCCACUAGCCUCAUGCUUUCCACCUGCCUUGCCCCUAGAUGCGCAGAACCAAGGACAGUGGACAGAGGCAGCUCCCUAAUCUGUACUAAAGUCAGGAGACUAAGGGGCUGGGCCACCUCCAGGCCAUCACCUCUUUGGGCAUUUUGGAAGAAAGAAAACAAUGUACUAUGUGAAGACAGAAAGCACAUAAAUAGCUGAAAGACAGGAAGGUCCUGGGCUGUCUGCCCUCUCUUCCCUAAUGCCCCCAGAGACCCCUGCAUCUCUUGUCCCUCCUCAACUCCUAAACUUUGUCUUGGCUUCUGCAUUAUCCAAUGAACAACUCCCAAGGUCCAUAUGCAUCACCUCCACACCAGAACACACUUUGUCCCAGCCCUGCAGGCACCAAAAUUUCUAGAUUGCCUGCAUCUCCCAACCCCACCGACAUGUCUCUCAGUUCCCCUGCUCAUGUGGCAAAUUGUCUGCAGCUAUCCUUACUUAGCCAGAACCCACAGUCCACUAACCUUCCCAGGUGCCUCAGCCACCAUAAACUAGUGCAUGUAGGUGAUAGUGCAGGCAGGUCAGGGUAUGUAAGAGUUGGAAAAGGACUCCCUGUUCAUCAGCCUUGAAGUAUAGGAGUGAGGAAUAGGGUGCGAUGAGAGCAUGCCACAUCCUGGUGCUGAAUCCUGGUGGGGCUGGCUUCCCAGACUCAAGCCAAAUUUGCCUUGAAUCGGGGGUAAGUAAGAAAGUGGGUUAUUGUUUUUGUUUUGCUUUGUUUUGAUUGUCAUCUUUGUAUUACUAGCAUCUAGCAGAGUGCAUGGCACAACCUGGAUGCUCAAUAAACUUUCAAUGAAAUGAAAUAAUUUUAUUUCCACAUAAGCAAACCGAACAAAUGUACAACCUAAAUGUACAAGCUAUAUCCUUUUUCUCUUGCUUUUAUAAAACCUCCUUUGCUUUCUUUCCAAAUUGCAAGUCAUCCAUUCCCAAGCCAUCCCUUUCACUCACUCACUCACUCAUUCCUAUGUUAUCUUAGUUACUAAACAAACAUUUAUUUGUGUACUGUUGACUAUAUCCCAAACGCAGGGUAAUGGUGUAAUUAUGCCAUGACUUCUACCUAGAAAACAAUCUCAUAGAAGAAGUCAGUAAGUGAGCAGAUUGUUAUAACACAGUGUGUAGAAACAGUAACAGAAACAGAUCUAAGAUACUCAGGGAACAAAUAUCAGGGGUUACAAAAGGAGGACAUAUUCCAAGUGUGUGUAAAAGUUUUGGGUGGACAAUACACAUGGGGAAUUCAGAAUACUGAGCCAUUAAAAUGGAUAGCAUUAUUUUAGGAUAAUGUAUAGAGCAGAAAGUGGUAAAAAUUCGAUAGGCCUCUGGGACCUCAGAUAUUGUAUUUUGUGGAGUUGAGUUGAGAAGAUCUUACAGAGAAGGCUAAAAAGGCAUAUCAAGAAAGGUCAAAAUAUAGGUGAAAAGGCCUUCACACACUCCAAGAAGAGGCUUUCAAGUGGAACAAGUGUGAUGGUGCAUGCCUAUAACCUUAGUUCUUGGAAAGCUGAACCAGGAGGACCUCAAGGUCAAGACCAGCUGAAGCACAUAGAGACACCCUGUCUCAAAGAAACGGAAGGAGGAGGAGGGUCGGGUGAUAGAAUAGUCAGGACUUUUGAAGGUUCUGUGUAUGAAAAGGAAUUCAAAGUAAUUAGGGAUUGGCAUGCUUGUGUAGCAUUUGAUCCCUAGGAAAGAAGAUGAGUCCUUAAGUUUGAUCCCCAGGAAAGAAGAAAAAAGAAUCAUCAAAGAAAUACACAUACACACAUUAAAUUUGGCAACAAAGGAGCCAUUGAGCUGCUUGGCAUAUGGAGUUGCAGCCAUGAGCAAGAGUUAAAGCCAGACUGUAACAGGUGAAUCAUGACAGACACAGUUGAGACUGGAUACUUGAGACUGGGUAUUUGAAAGGCCUUCCUGUUUCAGAGCUUCUUGAUCCUGCCUGAAUACAGUAUAUUUAGUUUGUAUUACAGGAGAAACUUCCAGGGAACAGAAACAAAAUAAAAGCAUGACACAUCCAGAGUGCUUUCGUACUAAUAAAAUAUGGAAUUACCCUGCAUAUUUUGCAUUAGAAUUGUAUUGAAAAAGUAUGUCUAGCCCAUUGGCAAAGUAAGAAGAGUUGGACCUCAGACUCAUAGAUUGUUGAUGACCUAGAAAGGGGGUUUCCCUGCUGGAGGCACAUAAGACAGCUGGUGAACGAAACUGCUAAUCUUCUGUGGAGAAAGGCACUUUGAAUUUUCUGUUAUUAAAACAAAUCAAAGAUGAGUUAA